AUGAGUCCGACAAACACUAAUUAUCAUGGCCGACAGGGGGAGGAGAUGUUUCUGAACAACACUUCGGCUGCUCGACGAGAUGGCGAUGAAUCCCCUAUCGUGGAACCUCUGAGAAUCAACAAACCUCCAUCGGCCGCGCCUACCCCGCAGCCAACAGCUCCUAAUAAUCUUCCUUAUCCCGAUGACCGACCACGACCCUCACAAUCAUACUCCCCUUCUAGUCAGACUGCGCCAUACCCUCAACCAAACAGUCGUAUUGCCAGUCCUGCGCAGAGCCUAUCGUCAUCUACGGGUGCUACCUCUCCAGCAGAUUACCCCUCCGCUUUGCGGCCUCGCGAUGGACGGGAACAGAAGCCGUCUUUGGCCGAACGACGGGGUAAUGCGCCUCCAAAGCCAUUACCAGAGUCCCCUGGUCCGGAUACGCCUGAUAAAGAUGCCCUUUUUCAGAAAUUCCCCCCUCCCGGGCCUCCUCGCCCCGUGGCAGCCGAGUCUAAUGACGCUAGAUAUAAUCAACAAUACUUCCCGCCGCCGUCGGCUACGAGUGCAGCACAGGCUCGCUUGAGAGCCAACAAUCCGGACUCAAUCAAUCGCAUUAGCUCGACGGCAUCUAACUCGACAACUCGCGCACAGAGAGGAUCUCCUCCGCCGCCUGAGACACCAAUUGUUGGCCCCGGUCAACGACCUGGAGCGGAUAUCGAGGCUCGAUUCGCGGCUGCGGGGAUUGCGGGCACAUCUACUCUGGCGAAUUUGCAAUCACGAAAUGCAGCUGCGCAACAGCGAGCGAACCAAUAUACUGCGCAGACUGAAACGACUCGUCCCUGGACGCCAACCGAGCAACCGGGUACGCAACCACAUGGACCGCCCACUGUAUACCAAGGUUCUAGCGAGAUUGGCACCCAGCAAUACCCUCCACCUACAUCUACCCAGCCUAUACCUCAACAGGCUCCUCCGGUCAACCUUGCUGACCGGCCCGCAAUUCCUUCGAAUGCUCUGGAGCAGGAUCUUCAGCGAAUGAACCUUUCUGCUUCUCCGCCCCCGGCUUACUCAAGUGUGCCUGGUGCCAAUACCUCUCAACAAUAUCCUAAUGAAAAGGGACGCCCAGUAGUCGGUUCUCCUCCUCCUCCUCAAGGACACCCAGCUUCGACUGGGGCACCCUCCGUUGCUGGUUCAGCGGUGGGUUCUGCUGUAGGAAUUCCCCCGAUCAGUUCUCCUGCUCCAUCUGUGCAGAGCCACCCGGCCUUUGCCAAUGAUGCAAGACAGCAACAGCAAGUACCGCAACAAAUACCUCCCCAGGGGCCACAGCAAGUAAUGUCGCCCCAACAAGCACAGCCAACAGGCACCAUUAUUGAGCAGAGUAUACAAACAAGCGCUUCUCCAGCCCCCGGAGGAUUUCCUCCAGCAUCACCUCCUCCUUUACCGGAAGGGUGGAUUGCGCACCUUGAUUCAAACUCUGGUCAAUAUUACUACAUCCAUCUUCCCACGCAGUCCACUCAAUGGGAAUUUCCCAAGGGACCCACGCCGCUCAACCUGAACGACACACCCAUGUCGCCCGUCGGCAGUGUUUACAGUGCUCACCCUCUCACCUCCCCGUCAUUUUCUACUUUUGGUGGUAAACCACUAGCAUCACCGGGUGUUCCUAUGACACCUUUAUACGAAGGUAGUGUAAUGGGCCUUAGUACAGUUGGAACUGCCGUCACCGGUCCUCCCCCGAGCAGUGGAGUCGAGCUAUACAAAGUCGCUGCUACGAAUGGUGUCUACUUUGGGCCUUACUUGCGGUACUGUAACAUGGAUCUAGAACGGGGUCUCUGGCUAGGGUCCAUCUUGCUGGUAACGGACGCUCCACAGCCUCCGACGAUCCAUAUUCAUCAAAGUGUGGAUUUGUCCCCCAACCCCCGACAGUUGAAGGGAGUCAAUAUACACCAACACCAGCGCUGGGUAUUUUACAAGUACGACGUUGAUUUGCAAAUGGAUGAUGCGGGUCCUGCUAAAUGGACAUAUGCGAUCACUUCUCAUCUUGGCUGCACCCGGUACGAAUUUCUUGUCGCGGGACGACACGAAACGAACUGGAGAUUCAUCGCUACCUCAGGUAACGACUUUUCUCUGAAUGUCAGUGCCAAUGAGCGAGCUCGUCUAGGCGGUGCGGGUUUUAUGUGGAAGGAUAUUAUGCAGAAAUAUGCCGAAGUCGGAGGAUUUCAUUGCCAGUUAGGGCUUGGUGGUCAGAUUUCAGCAGAUAGGAUCUGGAAGGAGAUACCAUUGCUCAAGCAAUGGCUAACUAUACAUGGUAAGGAGCAGCGAAAAAAUGCUCCAUGGACACCGGCACACGAGGAGGAAGUUUCGCAUGCUUAUUUCCACUUUUAUACGAGUCAUUUCGAUCAGCCGCAUCUUCGAGAGGCUUUUGCGCAGAUUCCAUACAUCCUGCAGCUGGAUGAUCACGAUAUAUUCGAUGGCUUUGGCUCUUACCCACAGCAUAUGCAAUUCUCAAACAUGUUCAAGAACAUUGGCCGUAUCGGUAUUGAGAUGUAUUUACUCUUCCAACAUCAUACAACCCUGGAGCUUCUCCGUAAUAUGCACUCCGACCAUGACUUAUUCACGAUAACGGGUACAGGAUGGCAUUUUGUCAAAUACCUAGGUCCUGCAGUCGUUGUCGUUGGCCCCGACUGUCGAUCAGAGCGAAACCCUCACCAGGUCAUGGCUGGUCCCACGUAUCAAGGACUGUUCCCAAAGAUCGCACUACUGCCUCCGAGCGUACAGCACUGUAUCUGGAUGAUUUCGGUCCCUUUGAUCUAUCCACGACUUGAAUCCACAGAGCAGAUAGCAAAUGCGGUUGCUACGGGAAAGAAGGCUGUUACCGGUGCAUACAACCUCCUGGGUAAAGUGACCAGCUCGGUAGCAGGUGUUGUAGGAGCAAAAGACGCAGUAGGCUCUGGGUUUGAUGCCGUCAAAAGGGCAGUCGGCAAGACCGGAUUGAUGGGGGGCGUUCUCAACCCCUUCGGCGAGAUUGAUAUCCUCGACGAGCUUCGCGACCAAUGGACACACGACUCCAAGGACCUCGAGCGCACAUACCUCAUCCGCACGCUGCAGGGCAUCGCAAAACAGAAAUCAAUCCGCAUGACUUUCUUGUCUGGCGCAGUCAAUGUCUGCGGCGCAGGUCUGGUGCACGAUCCCAGCCAUCCCUCGGACCACAAAACAAUGUACCAGCUCAUCGCCUCACCAGUCGUCAACACACCGCCAUCUUCUUAUAUCCUCAAACUCCUCCACAAUAACAAACCACUGUACGUGCCCGCCAACGGCCAACGCUCAACCCCUUCCCAACCAACAGACACGAAAGAAGACAUGCUCGAGCUCUUCCAAACAGAUGUCACGGGCCAACCGCGCGAGUACCGGCGUCUCAUGGGUCGGCGCAACUAUGUCGCCAUCGUCGCGUAUGACCCAGAGGUUGUAUCCGGCACAUUCGGUCAGACAGAUAUGCAGCGUGGAGGAGGUAAAUUGAGUCUCGCUGCGGAUUUUAUGGUUCAGGGUGAGGGCGCGUAUGGAAGUGUGGUCAAGUAUGGGCCUGUUAUUAUUCCGAAUUUGGGAUUUGGGCAAUGA